CCUGGCUGUCCUGUGUUGAUUUACCCUGAUGUAACCUGUUCAUAAAGUCAAACGGUAUUUACUUUCUCAUCUUUGUCGCCUUAAAUAAAGAGGCAGCAGUACUCGUGUGAACAAUCAUAGAGUCAGAUCGAUUUCGCUUUGAUUGGUUCAAUAAUUCAGCCGUUUGAUUUCUUCUCUUUACAUUGGCAUGUUGUUGCUCUCACUAUCAUCAUCACCAGGUGCUCCAUUCCUCACUGUGUUACACAGACUGGCCUGCAGCGUGUGUACACAGUAUUCACUAUUUGCUGAGGGCACAGCACGCUUGAUGCCCACUGCUCCAACAUGGAGCACCCAGAUUUGAUCACGCACAAGAACGGGCGGCAGAGGAAGCCGCUGGGUGUCUCUCUCCCUCCUGGAAACAUGAGGGACAGUGACAGGGGAGACACGAGCACCUCUGAGCCAGAGGUAGACGAUGAAGCAGAGGGUCUUAUUAGAAGAUCGGACUCAGAGGACAGGAGGCAUCGCAGAGUCCAGCCUGGGGUUCGGGGCGAGUUGGGGAACAUAUUGCUCCUUCUGUUCCUCUAUGUGCUGCAGGGGAUUCCUUUAGGACUGGCAGGGAGCAUCCCCCUGAUCUUACAGAGUAGGAGUGUCAGCUACAAAGACCAGGCCUUCUUCAGCUUUGUCUUCUGGCCAUUUAGUCUCAAGCUUCUUUGGGCACCCCUGGUGGAUGCGCUUUACUUCAGCAGGUUUGGCAGAAGAAAGUCAUGGCUGGUGCCCACACAGUACCUGCUGGGUCUCUUCAUGCUCUACCUUUCUGUAACAGUUAACUCAUUGCUGCAGAGUGAGGAAGGUCCAAAUGUGGCGAUGCUUACCGCAGUCUUCUUUAUGCUAGCCUUUUUGGCAGCAACGCAGGACAUCGCUGUGGAUGGCUGGGCUCUGACUAUGUUGUCCAGACAGAAUGUGGGCUACGCAUCUACGUGCAACUCUGUGGGCCAGACAGCUGGAUACUUCCUGGGGAAUGUGCUCUUUUUGGCUCUGGAGUCAGCUGACUUCUGCAAUAAAUACCUCAGAAUAGAGCCCAAGGACACGGGCAUUGUCACCUUGUCAGACUUCUUGUUUUUUUGGGGAAUGGUGUUCCUGGUUUCCACAACGCUGGUAGCCAUCUUUAAAAGGGAGAAUGAGCAUAGUAGAGGGAGGAGGAGAGUCCAGGAGGAGACAAAGGGUGUCACAGAAACCUAUAGUUUGCUGUUCUCUAUCAUCAAGAUGCCCACAGUCUUCACCUUUUGCACCCUGCUUCUCACAGCUAAAAUUGGCUUCUCUGCAGCAGAUGCAGUGACAGGUCUGAAGCUGGUGGAGGCCGGAGUUCCCAAGGAGCAGUUGGCAUUGCUGGCAGUGCCCAUGGUGCCUCUUCAGAUCCUUCUACCAGUGGUCAUCAGUAAAUACACAGCGGGGCCCAGACCUCUGGAUGUGUUCUACAAGGCGUACCCUUUUAGGUUGAUCAUAGGACUGGAGUACGCUCUGCUGGUGUUGUGGACUCCCAGUGUAAAACAAGACGGGGGGUUCCCUGUUUACUACUAUGGCAUAGUGCUGCUGAGCUACGCAGUGCAUCAGGUGGCUUUGUACAGUAUGUAUGUGGCUUGCAUGGCCUUCCAUGCCAAAGUGAGCGACCCCAUCAUUGGCGGAACCUACAUGACGCUGCUGAACACGGUUACUAACCUAGGAGGGAACUGGCCCUCCACCUUGGCUCUGUGGAUGGUGGAUCCACUGACCUCAAAGGAGUGCCAGGGAGCCGUCGGGCAAAGCUGUGGCUCCCCAGAGGAGGCGGGGCUGUGCGUCAAGGAGGGCGGAGCGUGCGUGACAACACUGGACGGCUACUACGUGGAGUCGGUGGUGUGCGUCGUGAUUGGCCUAGCCUGGUGGGUAUGGUUAGGGAAGAAAAUGAGGAGGCUGCAGGAAGAGAGCCCCUCUGCAUGGAGGUGCAGAGUUAAUCAAUGAGGACGCUCUUAUCAUCACCACACGACUCCUUUUUCUUGCAUCUCUGCAUAUUCUGCUCCAAACACAGCUGAGUGCUGGACAUACUGUAUCUCCAUCCUCAUCCAUCCAGUCCCGCUUUAGCUGCUGCAUUCAGAAAACACUUGCUCUGUUUCAUUUCUGUCACCUCAGAAAACAUAACUACGAAGAAAUAUAAUAUCUUUGUCUUCUGUGGAAGUAAAAAGUCCCUCUCAUCAUCACUGCUGACUGUAACAGUGUCCUUCGGAAAACUGAAACAACCAUUCAUAUUAGCUAAGAACUUCUGUAGGAAAUAUUAACUGUUUUUUUUAAUCUUUUGAAACCAUACUCUGCUGCUAUAAAUAGCACCACCAAACCAGAGAUGGGUCAAAUAGCACUUUCAAAUUAUUUGUUUGUUUAAACCUGCACGGAUGGCAGAUGGUUGAGUUUGUUGCAUUUGAUCACCUAAAGACAAAAAUGGCAGCAAAAGGAGAAGAAAAAAAACCCUUGAAAUUUGAGCCCUCUAAUAUCCAGAAAUCAUGUAAAUUGAUUUGUAGUAAAUUAAACACUGUACAUUCAUUCUCACCCUCCUGGCCAGUUAUUUACUCUUUAUUAUUCUAUAAUAAAGGACGCCAAAAGGAAAAGAUGUAAAAAGUAAAAAUGCUUGUCUCUGUAAUAACAAUAUUUUCAGGUGUUGUAACAGAGGUACUUAUACAGUAUAUAAUAGAGUAUAUAAUCCCUAUUUACAUUUACUGUGUAUGUAAGAAUUACUUUCAGGGUGAGAUAUUUUGUUGUCUUGCCUCCGACUAUUAAAACUGCCCCAAAGCUGUUCUACUCACUGUCUGCUAAUCCAGGUUAAAACUGGUUUGAAGGUAAACGUUCACUGCUGUUUGACUCACACACAUUUGACUGAAUCAAUGUUCUUUUUAAAAAAUGAUUAUUUAAAUGUGUGUUUUUUUCUUUUUCAUUUUAAGUCUUGUGCCUUGUUUAGUUUGAAUUUGAAGACAUCCAACAAACAUUCAAAGUUCGUUUCCGUUGUACUGAAAUAAUUGAGUUACAAAACUUUACGAUACCUUGAAAAUGCAACAGAUACAUUUGAUGAGUAACACUGUAAUUCGGUAAUACAGUUUGUUAAUAUUUGGUAACAUAUUAUAGUUUUGUAGAUGACAUAAAACAGCAUCAUUACUUCAGUUAUUUCUCUCUU